AUGGACGAGAUAGCUACCGAAUAUGACGUUGUCGUGUUAGGAACAGGUCUGACGGAAUGUGUUCUUUCCGGCGUAAUGAGCGUCAAAGGCAAGAAGGUGCUGCACAUAGAUCGAAAUGACCAUUACGGAGGAGAGGCAGCCUCUGUUAACAUCGAGGCUCUCUUCAAAAAGUAUGGUAAUUACAGCAAAGGCGAGGAGCCAUGGAAAAAGUACGGUCGAGUCAAUGACUGGAAUAUCGAUCUGGUACCCAAGUUUCUCAUGUCAAACGGCGAAUUGACGAACAUUCUUGUCUCCACGGAUGUCACACGGUAUCUCGAGUUUAAGCAGAUUGCGGGUAGCUACGUACAGCAAGGAAGCGGGACCAGAGCGACUGUUGCAAAAGUGCCAUCAGACGCUGGGGAAGCACUCAGAUCGCCGCUCAUGGGCCUAUUCGAGAAGAGAAGGGCAAAAAAAUUCCUGGAAUGGGUUGGAGCCUUCAAAGAAGAUGACCCAGCAUCUUACAACGGUCUCGAUCUCAAUAGGUGUACAAUGAGAGAAGUCUAUGACAAGUUCGGCCUAGAGCCGUCGACGCGAGACUUCAUAGGUCAUGCAAUGGCUCUUUACCAAACGGAUGGGUACAUCAACGAGAAGGGCGCCGCUAAAGAGACCGUACAACGGAUCAGGCUCUACGUCAAUUCAAUGGCUCGAUAUGGGAAAUCACCAUACAUAUACCCACUAUAUGGCCUAGGCGAGCUACCUCAAGGAUUUGCCCGACUUUCAGCUAUUUACGGUGGAACAUAUAUGCUCAAUACUAACAUCGACGAGAUUGAGACAGAUGAGAAGGGUAAGGUCUCAGGAAUCAAAGCCACGAUGAGGGAAAGAAGCGAAGACGCCGACGGAAUGAAGUUUUCGACCAAAACCAAGAAAAUACUUGGAGACCCAUCGUAUUUCUCUGGCAAAGUCCAAGUGACAGGCCACCUCCUCAAAGCCAUCUGCAUCCUCACCCACCCAGUCGCAAAUACCGACAAUAAUGACUCCGUUCAGCUCAUCAUCCCUCAAUCACAAGUCGGCCGGAAACAUGACAUAUAUAUCGCAAUCGUCUCCUCCGCUCAUAACGUCUGUCCCAAAGGCUACUAUAUCGCCAUCGUCUCCACCAUUGCCGAAGGCUCCGCAAAUCAUCACCUAGAGCUCCAACCCGGCUUCGACCGGCUCGGCAAGAUCGAGGAGAAGUUUCAGGGCCCACCAAUCCCCUUGUACGAACCACUAGAGAGUGGUAUGAAUGACCAAAUUUUUAUCAGUAAGAGUUACGAUGCGACUAGUCACUUUGAGACGACGACAGACGAUGUGAGAGACAUUUAUAGAAGGGCGGCAGGGGAGGAAUUGGUCGUUGAUGGAUUGAGGGGAGAGAAUCUCGUAGCGCAAGAGUAA